UUUGCUCGGGUCUUCCAACUAACUCGUGAGUUGGGCCACAAAUCGGACGGUCAGACCAUAGAAUGGCUUCUCCGCCAGGCUGAACCGUCCAUCAUUGCCGCAACUAGUACCGGAACUACACCUGCCAAUUUCUCCGCCGUAGCCAUCUCCAUUAGAGGCUCUUCCAACAAUUCCGUCUCCGCCGCUCUCGACCAAGAACCCACGCCUUCCAUGGUGGGCCCUACAUCCUUCAUCCUCGGCAAGCAAUUCAAGAAUGAUGAUGAUGAUGACAAUGAUGCUGAUGACGUAGCUCCCAAAGAAGAUUCCACCGUCACCGGUGGCGCCGCUGCUUCCUCCGCUGGUGGUGGCGGCGUGGGUCCCACUGCCGGUGGUUUCUGA